UACGAUCCAAACCUUUUCUGCGUAUGUAACCUACUGUACCAAACCCGCACCCACUCAAAUCCCACGAGUCCGCAUCGCAUCUCCCCACACGAAGAAUGGCCAUGCCAACGGGCCCUCUCUCGAGCAACUGGGAACUCCUCCGCAAGCGCCUCGACGCCGCCGCACCUCCGAAACGCAAACCCGCCGUCGUCGCCGCAGUCGAAAAGGAAGAGCCUGCAAAAAAGAAACUCAAGCGCCGGAGAGCGGAUGACGGCGCGGACACCUCCGUAGCGAAAAAGUCGAGAGCGCACAAAGACGCCGCUGCACCGCGGAAACGCACGGUCAGCAUGUCCGCAUCCACCGCGGCGGACGAGAAGACGCCGGCUUCCGGUAUAUCGGCGUCGCUGGCGCUGUGGGCCGAGAACAACGACAUUCCAGCCGAGGACCUGGCACGCGCGUAUGGAUUCCCGCUGAACACGACCAAGGUUGCGACGGCGGCGCCGGUCGAUGGCGCGACGCUCGAGCCCGAGGAGGGAGGUGCCGCGAGUAAGACCGAGAGCGGACGGUAUGUCGCCAUGGAUUGUGAGAUGGUCGGUGUGGGCGAGGGAGAGCAUGAGAGCUCUGCGCUGGCGAGAGUCUCGAUCGUCAAUUUCCAUGGGCAUUGUGUGCUCGAUUGCUUUGUCAAGCCGAAGGAGAAGGUGACGGAUUGGAGGACGUGGGUCAGUGGUGUUUCGCCGAAGGAUAUGGUUAAUGCUAUAACGUUCGAGGAGGCGCAGAAUAAGGUGGCGGAUAUACUCGAUAGCCGGAUACUCGUUGGUCAUGCCAUCAAAAACGAUUUGGAGUGUUUACUCAUUGGACACCCGAAACGGGAUAUCCGCGAUACCAGUCGACACCCGGAGUUUCGCAAGUAUAGUAAGGGACGGACGCCCGGACUGAAGAAGCUUGCCAAGGAGAUUCUGGGGAUCGAGAUUCAGGGGGGGUCGCAUUCCAGUAUUGAGGAUGCGAGAGCAUGUAUGCUUCUGUACCGUCGGUUCAAGGAGGACUUUGAAAGGGAGCACCAGAUUCACUUCCCGAAUCAACCGAAGAAGUCAGGCGGCGGGAAGAAGAAGAAAAAGAAGAGCAAGAAAUGAGUGGCGGUAGUGGUGGAGCAUUCUGUAUAUACCAUUUGAAGGCGCUCACCGGCCAACGUGAGGAAUAAUCAAGAACCGCCAUAGCUGAUGGACG